AUGGUCGACCCCAAUGAUCUAUCUACCACUGUAUUGAAAGCAAGAAUUGCACUAUUAGCAACAGCUAUCGGUGGUCCCGAUUAUACUUCAAAUCUAGAUCCACCACCGUACAAAUUGGGUGACGAUUGUUUAGCAUGUCUUAAAGAUUUGAAAAGGUGGUUUAGAUUGGUUGAUGAGAACCAAAAUCGUUGGGAUGUAGCAAUAGCAGCUGCAGAAUACAGGAUUUUACAAGACGAUCUGAUACCAAUUCUAAUCGAUUGGGAGAAUAAAUGUUCAUUGGCGCACAAACUGAAUAAAGAUUCAUAUAACAAGGAAUAUCAUGACAACAUAGCCCUAUUAUGCGUUCAACUAAUAGUUAUUAUGACAUGUCCCCAAGUAUUAACAGAUCAAUCCACAGCCAGACAAGUAGCCGUUUACAGUGAAUUAAAGAAACGUCAAUUAGAAUAUAAAAGAGAUAUACUGAUGGCAGAAAGAGGUAAGGUAUUGAGGGCAAUCGUAAGGUUGGCUUCAAAAGUUAUCAAAAUUGAUAGAAUUGAUAGAACUCCCAGAGAUAACGUUGUGUUAAGGUUAAUUAUCAAUUUAUUUCGUAAUGUUGUAGCCAUUGAACCAGGUGAAUUAAACAUCACGAAGAAGAAACAGAUUUCCACCAAGGGAAUCAACAGUGUAGACACUUUACCACCAGGUGUCUCAAUGGAUGAUAUAUCAUUGAACACAGUCAUUGCGGCAUUCCAAAAGAACAAGGUUUUAGGAUUAGUGUUAACGUUAGCAUCAUCCAUGUCAGUGGAAUUUGAACAAGAUUUUAUCAAUACACCUUUGAUGGAACUUAUGUUUUACUUAACAAAGGACAUUCCCCCUGAAUCCCUUGUGGGCAGUGAUAAACGGCAAGAAUCACAUAACGACAGUGACAGAGUUUCUUCAACAGGCGCAGAGUUGUUGAAUUUACUUGAUAAAGAGAACAAUCUGAAGAAGAAUGUGAUUAAAAACACAUCUACAAGGCAUUCGAGAUUUGGUGCGCUCUUAUCCAUUCAAACCCCUGAUAGUGGUAGGUUGACUGUAUCUGGUGGUGGUCAAAAUUUAUUAGAUGAUAGCACUGCUUUGAAUAAAUUGGACAGUAGAAAAAAAUGGAAUAAAAGAUCCGUACAACAUCGUGAUGAUAUAGUAGCUGAGGGCUUACCCAAUAGUUUAUUAAAUUCAGGAACUAAAUCAGGGUUCUCUCUUGAUUCUACCAUGAUGAAAUUUGCACAUUUUAUCGAUGAUUUCAUAGAUUCCAGUUUUAACACCUUGUUACACAGCGUCACAAACCAAUACACAGGGGAUCAAGAUCAAAUGACCACUUUGGAAAAAACUGAAUAUUUAUUAUUUUUCUCGUGGUUUGUAAAAUACCAAAGAGAGAAAUGUAAUAAGGAUUUAGCCGCCGAUAUAAGUUCUGUGGAUUCAGCUUUACAAGAAACAUCAUUUAUCUUAGUUUCUACAAUAUUGCGUACCGGGUAUGAACUGAAAAACUGGGCUGCUGUUCAUGCGGGAAUGAUUGCAUUCAAUGAAUUAUUACUUUUAAUAAGUUCCAUCCAAGAUCCAUACAAUAGCGAUGAAGUGGAAUUUAUCGUGGGAAAAUUAUUCAGUGACGAUAGAAUUCAACUGCUAACAAGUCUUCCGAAAACUGCAUUUAGAUAUUCUCUGCAAUAUAUGAAGAGUUGUGUCGAAUUGGUACAUACGGUGUUGGAAACGUUAGAACAGUAUACCAAGGAUAAUUCUUUAACUGUCACCAGGAAAACAAAAAGUACUAAAAGAAAGGAAAUUACGGAAGAGCAAGUUACUGUUUUGAUGGACUCCCAAGGUAUAGGAAGAGAUGAAGCUCUCGAUCUUUUGAAUCCAUCCUUUAAAAAGAUGGAAUUUAAUUUCAUGAAAGUGUUGAAGAAGUUUUGCGUUGAAUCAAUCGUCGAUACUUAUAUCAAUUAUCUUCAAAGGUUUAGAGAAUUGAAUGACACUGAAAUUAAGAAAGCCAUUUAUUUUUUGCAUCGUGUAUUCGUACAAGCUUCAGAACAAUCAAUUUUAUUUCGACUUGACCUGAUAAUGCUCCUAAAAGACAUGCUUGCCCCCGAUGGGGUGAGCAGAAAGUCUCGAGUGAGAAAGCAUAUUGAGCAAUUCUCAAACUAUUUUCUAUACAAAUUAAAGAAAAGACUCAAGAGCUCGCCCUCGUGGUACAUUGGAUUGCUGUUCCCGUUGUUAUACGGGAGUGAGGUCGGCUACUUUCAGAAAUACGGUGAAGUCAAGCCACAUAAGGAGAAUAACUAUCACGCAGUUCCUCCUAGUCGGUUUAAAAACAUUGAAGAUGAAGAACAAUUGCCUGAAUCGGUUCUCAAAGACAUGAAAUUUGGUAUUCUUGUUUCCACCUUAAUUGAUGAUGGGAAGGAAGAAUUGCUUAUCAGUUUGAUAUCACAUAUGCAAGUGGCUCUUGAUCGUUUUAAAUCAUGGCUUUCAGUCAACGUGCAACAUGAAAGAGAGACAGAAAACUCUCCUGAUGAAAUACUCGGUUCUGAAAAUUUCAAUGGAUCCAAGCCCUUCAUAUUCGACAAAGAUUUCCGUACGCUUUUGGAUUUGAUCGGUUAUUCUUUGCCGCUCAAUGUAGAAGAACAGUGUAAACUUCCAGGAAAUGUUGAAAUCGAUUCCCUUCAAGAUUCUUUGGAAUUGGUGAAAAAACACCUGGCUACACCCUUCCAAACUCCUAAUGGACUUCCAUCUUCCUCAUAUCUCCUAAGACCCAAGUUGAAUGCAUCUGGGUCGAAUGCAGAAGAUGAUGGUUGGCAUGGGGAUGAUGAAUAUGAUUACGAAGAACCGGGGAUUGUACCAGAUGGUCAACAGCUAUUUGUGACAGAUGAUGAUGCAUACUUCGAAGAGCUUGAAAAGGAUAUGGGAGAUAAAUUGUCAGGUAAAGAAACUGAUAAAGAUAAAGGAAUUGCCAAAUCAAAGAAAAAACCUAAAGCCAAAACCAAAAGAUCCAGGAAACAAAAGGACAAUUCUUCGUUACCAUUGCAUGAUAUUGGUGAACAACCUGAAAAAACUAAGCAGCGUAAGGAUGUUUUGAGUAAAGAUUUCAUUAGUGAUUCUGAAGAAGAGGAAGAUAAUAUCAAUCCAUUGUUUUUUGAAAAUGAAAUGUAUAUGAGAUGGUUACUUGAUAAACAUAGAGGGCAACUUCCAGAGGAAAGGUAUGCUCUCUUCGGUAAAUUUUCUGCCGAAAGGAUUGCUAAUAAUGGUUCCCUGGUGAAUGAUUAUUCCGCAUUAUUUGGUGGUGCUGUACCAGAUCUGGAGGAUUUACGUAGUUCAGAAACAACUAGCGAUUCACCUGAUAGAACAUUGAUAUCUUUAUCGAGGCGGGUCGCAGCUGAGAUUGAAAAGGCCUCUGAAGAACCUGAACCUCAGAAUACUCACGAGACAGAUCUUUCAGAUUCUGAAGUAUCCAUGGACGACUUUCCGGUAAGCACAUCCAAUGCUGAUGCUAGAACGAGCCCUUUAACCAAGCGGCCAACAACUGAUCUCUCGUCUUCAGAAGAUGACAACAGCACUGGACAUGCAAACCUGUCGAGAAAAAAACGUAAAGUUCUAUUUGCUGAUGACGAAGAUGAUGAUUGA